CCUCUUUGGACCCUCAUUCAGAGUCUGAGACUAGCAAACGCCAAGCAACUACUUUGUAUCCUGGCUGCUUUUCGUUAUUUUUUAACAAUACACGGUUGUUUACUUUGACUCGUGCGUAUUUGGUAACGUGUCCUUUGAGUGUCCCACAGUCAGCAUGUCCUCAGACGCAUCAUCUCCUGUGAAAUCCACCACCCCUCCUCUGUCCCCGCUGUCGCCCCUCUCUCCAGUUUCCCCCAGCUCUCUGCGUCUGCCCCCCUGCCGCCGAAGAGACCGGUCACCCUCCCCUAUGAGGGGCUACCUGAUUCCCAGCCCCCUGCCCACCCGCCGCAACCGUACCUGCUCAGCUGCAGCGCGUGCAGCUGAGGGGCCGGUCUUCAGUGGGGUCUGCAAGUGCUUUUCACGUUCCAAAGGGCACGGUUUCAUCACGCCAUCAGACGGAGGCAAUGACAUCUUUGUGCACAUAUCUGACAUCGAGGGAGAAUACGUGCCUAUGGAAGGAGAUGAAGUUAGCUACAAGAUCUGCUCUAUUCCACCCAAACAUGAGAAGAUCCAGGCCGUGGAGGUGACCAUCACUCAUCUGGCACCAGGCACAAAACAUGAGACCUGGUCUGGGGCUGUGGUUGAAUCAUGAGAUCCUCUCUAACUCUGAACUGUGCGAUAGCAGUGUCAAAAUGGGUUUCUGUUCCUUUUCUGAAGGUUUUGGGGGGGAGGAAGGCUGAAUGAAUGAAUGGCUUUAAGUGCUGUGUGUGACGCCAUAACUCCAAGAAAAUGAUACAAAUAUUGCAUCUGUUUAGUUUUUUUCCCUUUCUUUCUUCAGGCUCAGAAGAAGAGUUUGUUUAAAAUUCUCUAUUAUUGGGUUUGUGGUUAAUAAUGUGGAAUAAACAGCAGUCAGUUAUACUUACACUAACCAUCUAUGAAUUGCUGAUUGAUCUGAAUACUCAAGAACUGACUGCGCACUCUUAACAAUAAGCUUUAACGCAUAUCGCUAAAAUAGCUAGGUUUCAAUAUAUUUUUUAAUUUCAUUCACUGAAAAAAAAAAAAAAAAUGUCUGUAUGUCUACGUUGUCAAAAUAUAUCUUUUUGAUCAUU